AUGAGUCCAGACGCCGAGAUACAGAUGAGUCCAGACGCCGAGAUACUGACGAGUCUAGACGCCGAGAUACAGACGGGUCCAGACGCCGGGAUACAGACGAGUCCAGACGCCGAGAUACAGACGGGUCCAGACGCAGAGAUACAGACGGGUCCAGACGUCGAGAUACAGACGAGUCCAGACGCAGAGAUACAGACGGGUCCAGACGUCGAGAUACAGAUGAGUCCAGACGCUGAGAUGAGAUGA